UUUCAGUUCCAUGGAGAGCGUCCCAUCGGCCGGACACUGCUUGGCCAUUCAGUUGACCUUUUUUGCAACACAAUCUUAUCAUAUAUCAUUUUUAGUGAGCAGUAAAGAUACAUCCUUAGCGAAAGGUAACGAGGCUUUGACAUGCCGAAAUGCACUUUAAUUGACAAUGUAGCGCGUAAAAUGUAGUCAAGUUUGUUUUAACAUCCCAUUUAAGACAAUAAAGUACUGCUGUCUCAAACAGACAAACAGGUUUACCAACCUUUUGUUAAAGCGAAACGAAUUUAAUGGUGUGUUAAUAAGAGGUUAAGGGCGGAGGGAGAAGGUGAUAGGGAAGAGUGCUGCGCGCUCAAGCGGGAGUGCGCACGGAUAGCAAAUCGGUAGGAGCCUGGAGUCGCGAGGAUGGAGGUCCGGCCAGAUAGGUUUAAGAUCGUCGCUGCUAGGACCCUCGGUAAAAUAAACAAGGUCCUAGAGAAGCGACAGGAGAAUGGCGAGACCAUCGAGCUGUCCGCCGAGGGCCGCCCCGAGCUGGUGGAGGAGAAGGAGCUCCCCGUGGUGGACUGCACCUGCUUCGGCCUGCCCCGCCGCUACAUCAUCGCCAUCCUCUCCGGGCUGGGCUUCUGCAUCUCCUUCGGCAUCCGCUGCAACCUGGGCGUGGCCAUCGUCAGCAUGGUCAACAACCACACGGUCUACCGGGACAACAAGGCGGUGCUAGUGAAAGCUCAGUUCGACUGGGACCCCGAAACAGUCGGGAUGAUCCAUGGGUCCUUCUUCUGGGGGUACAUAGUAACCCAGAUCCCGGGAGGCUUCAUCUGUCAGAAGUUUGCAGCAAACAGAGUGUUUGGCUUUGCCAUUGUGGCCACCUCAACUCUGAAUAUGCUGAUCCCCUCUGCGGCACGGGUUCACUUUGGCUGUGUUAUCCUUGUCAGGAUAUGUCAAGGACUCGUGGAGGGGGUUUCGUACCCGGCCUGCCAUGGAAUCUGGGCCAAAUGGGCGCCUCCCCUCGAGAGAAGUCGAUUGGCAACAACGGCCUUUUGUGGCUCCUAUGCUGGGGCUGUGAUCGCCAUGCCUCUGGCUGGGGUGCUGGUUCAGUACUCGGGGUGGUCCUCCGUGUUCUACGUGUACGGUACCUUUGGGAUCCUCUGGUAUUGCUUCUGGAUCCUGGUGUCGUACGAGAGUCCCGCGGCGCACCCCACCAUCACAGAGGAAGAGAAGACUUACAUCGAAGAGGCCAUUGGUUCGAUUAACAACUCUGUCCCUGUGACCAAAUUCAACACACCUUGGAGAGCCUUCUUCACCUCCAUGCCAGUGUACGCCAUCAUCGUGGCCAACUUCUGCAGAAGCUGGACCUUCUACCUGCUCCUCAUCAGCCAACCUGCAUACUUUGAGGAGGUCUUUGGAUUUGAGAUCAGCAAGGUGGGCCUGGUGUCCGCCCUCCCCCAUCUCGUUAUGACCAUCAUCGUGCCCAUCGGCGGCCAGCUGGCCGACUACCUGCGCAGUAACAACAUCAUGUCCACCACCAACGUCCGCAAGAUGAUGAACUGUGGAGGCUUCGGGAUGGAGGCCACCUUCUUGCUCGUGGUGGGGUUCUCCCACACCAAGGUCGUGGCCAUCACCUUCCUCGUCCUGGCUGUCGGCUUCAGUGGGUUCGCCAUCUCAGGUUUCAACGUGAACCAUCUGGACAUAGCUCCUCGAUAUGCCAGCAUCCUCAUGGGCAUCUCCAACGGUGUGGGGACGCUCUCUGGAAUGGUGUGCCCCCUUAUCGUCGGCGCCAUGACCAAACACAAGACGCGGGAAGAGUGGCAGUAUGUCUUUCUCAUUGCUUCACUCGUUCAUUAUGGAGGUGUUAUAUUCUAUGGACUCUUCGCCUCUGGGGAGAAGCAAGCCUGGGCUGAGCCGGAGAACCUCAGCGAUGAGAAGUGUGGAAUUCUGGGGGAGGAUGAGCUAGCGGACGAGACCGAGGAGUUGUAUCGUACCAGCGGAGGAGGAGGCUACGGGGCUACAGAUCCUAACGGAGGAGGAGGAGGAGGAGGAGGAGGGGGAGGCUGGGUGUCGGACUGGGACAAGACAGAGGAGUACGUCCAACCGACCGGAACGAACAGCUACCUGUACGGAGGGGAGGACGACAGGGACCUCUCGUAGGGCAGCCGGAUGGGGAUUGUACUGGGAGGAGUGGAGCGGUGAGGCAGAGACGGAUAGACGCGUUUAGAGAAAAGGUUUCGACAGGAGAGUGUGAGGAAGAGGAAAGGUGGAUGGCUGGAUGGGGUGUGCGAGAGAAAGGCUGGUCAGCGAGUCGAAUCAAAGAGUCAUGUCUGCGAUAUGACAGGUGUGACCAUUGUAUGGACACGGAAAGAGUCUGAGCUGUAUCCGAAAAAGAGUGUGUGUGUGUGUGUAUGUGUGAGUGAGUGUUGCUUGGGUGUGUGAGUGUAUGUGUGUGUGUGUGAGUGUUGCAUGGGUGUGUGUGCGUGUGUUUGCAUGUCAGCAUUUGUGUCCCUGGUAUGACAGACAGACUCAUUAGGAGUAUUUUAGGGCUCCAAAGUCUAUUUGGUGACACUGGUGCAACUUCUCUACUUGAGCAGGAGUUGGUUUUAGGCCUAGUUUGGUUGCUUUCUUUAAGAGUGUGCUUAUUAUACACAAUGUACUGUCCAGCAGUUAAAUGAUUGUAUCAUGUCAAAUUUUUAUUUAACAGUACAGUUAUUAUUUAGGCUUGUUUUUAUUGUGAUGUUUUUAAAACUACUUGUGGAUGUGCAACCUAUUGGCCAUGUUUGGCACGUCAGACCUCGUUUCUGAAAUCCGAGUGAGUGAAAUUGCGAAUUUAAUCAACAUAAUGUUCACACUGUUAAGACAAAGCAUCUAACUCGUGCCAAUACAUUAAAGUAUUAAGUUCUGUAGUAUUGGUUUGCUCAUACAGAGAGAUUCAGCCACUCAGUUACUCAUGCAUAGGCACACAAUAGAAAUAAUGUACUCUUUAAGCUGUGACAGUAUGGUCUCGCAACCCUGUUGUAGAACACAAGUGUUUCGUCAGGCUUCUCAAUGUCAAGCAAUUGUAUUAGGAUUGCAAACUGUCUGCCCGGGUAACGUGGGAAUUGAAGGCCUUGUACAGUAACACAAGGGCAGCACUUGUACAGGACAGUGGGAGACCAGCUAGAUGUACAGUAGAGCAAGUAAUACCAAAUACCAAAGACAGUCACCACCAUCACCAACGUCACCGCCCAAGUGCUGCAUCCACAACUACUGUGAAGUGUACUUUGGUUGAAGACUUAACCCGUUUUAUAGCCUUCUGGUACUGGACAUAAUGCGUUUCCCUGACAUGACCCCAAAACCUCACGUAACAUUUGACGGUUUGGAGGUGAUUCCAGAGGAGGUCAUUUACCGUUCCAUGAAGAAACAAAACAGAUAGUCCUUCUCUGUAGAGGUUACUCUUUCAUGCGCAAGAUGUCCAGCGUAGACUUUCCCUCCAGUGUUUUUGAGAGCGAGGUCACAGAGGCUUGGUGAUGUCUGCAGAUUGUCAUCGUUAUUAUUGCCAGUCACGUUUGACGUAGUGCCAGUCUCUGUCCCUUCGGACCGAGGCAGCUGCCACCAAGAAGCCAAACCCCCUCACACACACACACACACACACCAGCCUGUGCACACUGUCCCAGUGACUAAGGAAUAACAAUGAGGCAAGGUUGCGGCGUCAAGAUCACACCACAAGAACCUG